AUGGACGGCUUCAACGGUGCCCCAAAUGGGGGUCUACCGGCCGAUGACGACAUCGACAAGCUCCUCCAGCAAGCACAGGCGACUGCUGCGGAAGGUGGAGGAAACUUCCUUGACGACCUCAACAGCCGCGAGCUCGACCGCGGCGAGAAGGCGGAGGACGCGAUCGAUUACGAGGAUAUAGGCGACGAUGACCUGCCCGAUGAGGAACUUGCAAGUGGCAGUGGCGAGGAUGACGGUUUCAACCUGGAAGACUUUAGCGGGACUACAGCGCAUGGCUCCGGUGAAAAUGCCGACGCUGACGACGAUGCGAUGGAGCGGGAACUAUUCGGCGACUCAGAUCCGGAGCCAGAAGAUGGCGAACACGAAGAUCGUCCUCUCAACUCGAUUGAAGGCGCAAAUGGUGCGGGACAAGACGGUUCGCGAGGCGCUGGUGGUAUCCAGGGACAGCCAACGUUUCGCACCGUUACGUAUGGCGCAACACAGGAAGUCGAGGAAGAGGACGAUGAUCCCGAGUAUCGCGAACAGAUGGCCCUCUUCGCGCAGGCGGCCAGGCCAAGGAAGCCGGAGGAAGAGGAAGAGGAGCGCGUCAAGACCUCACCAGAGGAGUUUGAGAAGGUCUGGCCCAACUUCGAGCCCGACAAGCCUCCACGAUUCUUCAGCCUCAUUCCUCGGAAACGCGCAUACUAUAUUCCUAAGAUACCACAAAAGGCCAACAAGCUCAUGCUCUUUACGAAGGCCAAUCUCGAUCUCGCGCCCGACCAGGAGAAGAGCUUCCGACUUCCUCCUGCCGCGGUUGCGACCAAGACUACCCGGCAUACCGAGGAAGCCGAAGGGGGUCUUAUAUACAUCAUGAAUGAUGCUGAAGAGCUUCGCCAGACGGACGAGCAAGUGGAGCUUGAGAAUACCGAGACCUUUGACGAGAAGGAGAAGAUUGGAAACGUCUCAUGGAACGACCUGAUGAUCGCUUGCGAGGAAUGGGACCUGCCAGAUGCUACUAGUGAAGCAACUGCCACAGACGACAUGCGAGAGCCGAUCACGCCACCAGACAGCAACCCAGACCAAAUGGACCAGAGUUGGACGAGUCCAGUACCAGCGAAGAAGCGGAGGCUUGGCACACGUGAUGAGGGUAUUAGCUUUACGGUCUAUGACAAUAUGGAUCUGCCGUCCUGGGACGAUCCGGAGCUUGAGACCGCGCGACUCUCGAAGAAGAUCCUCCUUGACAUGAACGAUCCUCAUCUGCUUCUCGAUGUUCAGCAACCCAGUGCUGAGGCACAAAAACCUCGCGCCGGUCUUGGUCUCAAGCGUGACAAUCGUGGUAGUCUUGCGAACCCGAUGUUCAAGCGCUACAACAUCUCAAACGACGAGGCGUACGAUGCGCUCAAGGAGAGCAGCACGCAGAAGGUCAGGAGUACGAUUGGUCACAUGAACGUGGAACACGCCUUGCCUGCAUUGAAGCUGCAGUAUCCCUUCUACAAGGUCAACUUGAACGACCGUGAGCUUCGCUCAUUCCAUCGACCUACGAUGACGUUCAAGCCUGGAGAGCGGGCUGGUAUCUCUAUGCUCAAGUCUCAAAAGAGGAAGCACAAGAAGAACCUCAAACCAUCAGAGGCGUUUGCUGUUGCUGAGGAUCUCAACGUGGGCGACAACUCUGAUCUGCUCCUUGCUGAGUACUCGGAGGAGUAUCCGACAACGCUGUCCAACUUUGGUAUGGGUGUCAAGAUCAUUAAUUACUACCGCCGAAAAGAUAUGGAAGACACCGCAAGACCGAAGCGAGACGAUGGCAUCGGCGAGACUUCGGUCUUGCUGCCCCAAGACAAGAGUCCGUUCUCGCUGUUCGGGCAGGUCGAGCCUGGCCAGGAGGUUCUGACGAUGCACAACGCCAUGUACCGCGCUCCUGUCUUCAAGCACAAGCCCGAGUCAACAGAUUUCCUUGUUAGUCGAAGCCAUACUGGUGUUAAUGGCACCAAGUGGUUCAUGCGCACCAUUCCGAACCUGAUGGUUGUUGGCCAACAAUUCCCGUCGGUUGAAGUGCCCGGGACGCAUGCUCGCAAGGUCACGGAAGCAUCGAAGAAGCGACUCAAGAUGUUGGCAUUCCGUCUAUAUAGACGCGGUAAGGAGCGAGGUGCGCGACAGCCUUGGGUCAGCAAUGAGAUGAUCAAGCAGCAUCUGCCCGGAACCGAGAUUGCACAAAACCGUUCUCGCAUGAGAGAGAUCAUGAAGUAUCAGAAAGACAUCGGCACAUGGGAGCCUGUGGCGGGCGAGACUAUUCCAGAAGAGCCCAUUCUGCGCACCUGGAUCAAACCUGAAGACGUGUGUUUGAUUGACUCAAUGCACGCUGGUGACAAGCAGCUGCAAGAUGCAGGUAUCAAGUCGAACGAGAUUAGAGACGAUGAGGAAGAGCAGGAUGCCGAGAACAUGGACGUCAAAUUGGCGCCAUGGAACACGACGAAGAACUUCCUCAACGCUUGCGCCGGCAAAGCUAUGCUCGAACUUCAUGGCGAAGGUGACCCGACUGGUCAAGGUCUGGGCUUCAGCUUCAUCAAGGUUUCCAUGAAGGGUGGUUUCCGUGACGUUGGAGAGAGUGCUGCAGACCGUGUCGAUGCCAAGAAGCUGAAGGAGCUUGGAGGGCACAGCUACAACGUCCAGCGACAACAGUCAAUGUACGAGAACGCUAUCAAGCGGAUCUGGAACAAGCAGAAGGAUUCGCUCUCCGCCGCCAAUCCACCGUCUGAAAUUGAAGAUGAUGUCGACUCCACUGCCGCAGCUCGUAAUGUUACUCGACAACGCUCAGAGGUCGGCACUCCAGCUCACAUGCGUGCUGACGAUGAUACCAUGUCUCAAUACUCGCGCAAUAGUGGUGCCGAUUCUCGAGGCAAGAAGCUACGCAUCACCCGCACAGUCAAGAACAAGUACGACGAGUACGAAGACGUCGUCGAGACCAUCACCGACCCCGAAGUAAUCAAACUCUACCUCAAGCGCAAGAAGCAAGAGCGCCUAAUGAACAUGCGCCUCGACGAUAUCAAGCCCACCGGCGACAGCGAGUACGACAAGCAACAAGUCGUCAAACUUAAGGCGGAGAUGGCUCGUCUAGCCCGCAACAUCGAGCGGCGCGAAGGCCGCGAGAAGGCAAAGGGCAUCUACAAGAACACAGGCGGCGAUGGAAGCGCGUCUUCUGGUCCCGGCAAAGGUGGCGCCACGCCCAGGAAGUGCGCCAACUGCGGAGAGGUUGGACACAUCAAGACUAACAAAAAGUGAGCGCGGAUUUCUUUACUCAUUGCCCCCUCUACUGCCUUUUGAACCCUAUAUCUGCCCUGAGGGGGGAUUUUCCUCUUCAUCCCGGUUUUCUUUGACGAAUAGUUUGCUAAUAUGAUUUGAUAGACUCUGCCCGCUCCUCAACGGCUCGAAGCGAAUGAGCGAUACAUUCCGAGAUGCGGCUGCUGCUUCGCCUGUGACGACUGCUCCGACGCCUUCGUUUGCUGGCUCGCCUUCUUGAGCACCCUCAACACGCUCUAUCUGCUGGCGACGAUCACUUUGUCAUCCGGCCGUUUUUCAAUUACAUGGUUUUAGAGAGAAGGUAGGUUACUAUUUACGGUUCAUGCAUAGCAAGGCGUUGGGAUAUCGGGCUUUCCUGGGAAAUAGGAUACGGAAGUAUCCUUAGGCUUCGCAUUUGGAUUGGCGUUCUUAAAGCACGGAACUGUGUGGGUGUGAUGGACUAGUAUUACGAUAAUAAGUCAUUAAUUGGUCGAUUUCAUAG